CUUUAAUACAAGGGAAGAGGUGGAGGUCCUUGUGGGACGUGGGAGUGAUGGUCUGGAGUCCCUUCAGUAGCUGGUAGGUGACCGUUCGCGGGUCCUGCGAUGCCCCGGGCGGCGAGGGGAGGUGGCGACCACCGGGCCCCGCGGCCUUCAGCGGCCUCCCGUUCAAGCCAGAGUUCGGCCUCGGCGCCGCUCGUCCCCGGAAAUGGAGCGGCUCCGCCGAGCGGACGGCUGAUCCGGGCACAUGAUCGUGGAGGGAUAAGUUCACCCAUGGAGGAGAUUGAGCGGUGGUUUCGUGACCUGUGCAUUGCCAAACGGUCGACGCAGAAAACUGAAAAUUUAACCUACCUGCUGGAUAUUGACUGCAUAAAAUCACCCAUUGAUCAAAAUAGUCAACUAGUUGCUGUUUCGUGUUCCAACCACUGUAUCCGUGUAUACAAUAAACAGACUCUGGCUCUGGUUCAACAGUUCCAGGGCCAUUCUGCUCCUAUUAGUGGGAUAAGAUUUGCACAAACCAACAGCCAUUUCCUAUUCUCUGCAUCGUGUGAUGGGACACUGAAGUGCUGGGAUGUGCGUUUAUCUAGCGCAGAGGCAGUGCAGAUUUAUAAAGGCUAUCCUAAUAAUGCAUUUAUCAGCUUUGAUAUUAGCUGUAACGAUUUGGUUAUCUGUGCUGGAACGGAAAAGAUUGCGGAAGAUGUUUACUUGGUUUUCUGGGAUGCUCGAAGUGGGACAAACACUGAUAGUCCUGGAGGUCAGGAACCUCUCGGGGUUUAUUCGGAGACCCACAACAAUGACAUCACGCAAGUCCGUUUCCAUCCCUCAAAUCCCAACAUGGUGGCAUCAGGGUCAACAGAUGGGUUAGUCAACGUUUUUGACAUCAGCCAAGAAACGGAAGACGAUGCUCUCCUUGCAACUUGCAACUCUGAUUCUUCAGUCAGUUUCAUUGGUUGGUCUGGUAAGCAGCAGGAGCAGAUUUUUUGCUUGACCCAUGAUGAAGGUUUCUUUCUGUGGGAUCUUGCCCAUCUCCAUAACGAUGAGCCCAUCACACUCAUUAAAAUGCAGGAUGCCAGAAAGAGCUUGAAAUUAGACAGUGGCAACCUGGAUUACCUGAUUGGAGGCUUUUACCACAAGAAAGCCGAUAGAUUGUUUGUAUUGGGCGGUAGCCAUAUGGGGAAGCUUCACUUCUUGAAGUGUGAAGCUGGUGCCCUUGCCCACAUGUAUUCACUACGUGAUGGACACUCAGCUACAGUUCGUGCCUUCUACUGGGAUUCUGAGGAUAAUUCUCUGCUGACGUGUGGGGAAGACUCUCAGCUAGUUUUAUGGAAACCAAAUGCCAUUGAAACUUCCACAGAAAAGAAGACGACAAUGAAGCUUCCAUCUGAUGUGCAUAGAAAAAUGAGAGUUCACAGCAAAAGCACUUACAAAAGCAAGAAAUAAGAGCAGCAGACAAAUCCUCGUGUUUGCCAUAGCUGACAUCCAGCAGAUUAGUUUCCACUUUGCUGAGAAGAAAACAAUUCUUCACGUCUGUCGGGAGUUCAGCCAUUCUAUGGCUGCUAAUUGUCAGAUUUAGAUUGCAUCCAAACAAUGUUCUUUUAAUUGGAAAAACCUCAGAAGUGCAAGGCAAUGACAUUUAAAAAGAUAGAGCAAGUGUUGGAAUUUCAUUUGCAUAAUUCUUGUUUUAUUUUUUAACAUUAAAAGCAUAUCCUUGUAUUAUCAAAUUUUAGUGCUGAAUGGUAAAAUUAUAUUUUUACAAGCACUGUCUAUUGGAAUUUACCUUGUGUUACCUAUUAUUCAAAAUAUUGAUGCCACACAAGUGAAAAAUUCCAAAUGAAUUGUUUGGUUGUAGAAGGCCUACUGAUUUUAUUUAUUUGCAACUCAUUAGAAGUAAAUUAUUCAUUUCUGUAGGGGACUGUCAUCCUUUUGUGACUUCUGUGUUCAAAAUGGUCUCAUGCACAGUUUUCCAUGGAAAAUUGUACAGGUCUGAUGUUAUAUGUGAAGCAGAGCCUACAUCACAUAGAACAACUCUUUAUCUUUUAAAUGGAACAUCCCCCUCAUGUUGCCAAUGUAAAUUGUUCUGCAUUGGGAGAAGCUGGCCAAGCAUCCAAACACUCCUGGAUGGAGCAGCAUUCUCCACUAUCCAUCAGGUGGAUAAAGCUCUUGGGUCUUAAAUAGCCUAACUCUAAUUUUAAGAUUGUGGACCCUUCGGAGGAAAUAAUUUCUGUCUAUCCUGUCAAAAGCUCGUGCUAUACUAACACCUGGACGGUCAAAGAAUAUUC